AUGGUGGUGGUGGUGGAGCUGAUGGUGAUCGUGGUGGUUGAAGGCGAUGGUGAAGUCAAUGACAGUGCUGGUGGUGAAUGUGGUGUUGGGGGAAGUGUUAGUGGUGAUGGGAAUGAUGGUGAAAGUGUAAGUUUUUGUGAUGAUGGUGGCGGUGAGGGAGAUGGUGUGUUUCAGGUGGUGGAGGUUGUACUGGUGGUUGAUGGUGGUUGUAGUGUCAGUGCUGGAGGUGAAGGUGGUAGUGGUAGUUGUGGUGGUGGUGGUGGUGAUGGAGGUGGAAGUGUUGGUAGUGAUGAGGAAUGGUUGUGA